UCCCCGCAUCGCAUCGGAGCGAGCCGAGGAGAGCAGACGCAGCAGCAGUUCAGUGCCCACUGCAACCGAGCACCAUCCACUCCUCCAUCGAGCAAUUGUUUCUCUUCCGCAUCUACUGCGUGACCUUCGAUCGGUGCUCGAUAGGGUAACUUUGUGUGCGAGCCAAGGUCGGCAUCAGGUUACAAAGUGCUCCGAGGAUACGCAAACAGAGAUGCUGUGGACCUUCUUGGGAUUCUUCCUGGUUGGAAGUGCAGUCGCUCAAGUUCCCUUCUUGGGUGGCUGUCCAAAAGCGGAAACGCAGCCAAACUUCGACCCAUCAAAGUACCUUGGAAAGUGGUACGAAGCAGAGCGUUACUUCGCCAUCUUUGAGUUUGGAGGAAAAUGCGUAACGGCGACUUACAGUCUCAACGAUAACGGGACAGUGAGUGUGUUCAACAGACAAAUUUCAUCCUUAAGUGGCGUGGAGUCGAGCAUCGAGGGCCUCGCUUUCCAGAAGUCACCCGACAAAGCCAAGCUCUCCGUCAGCUUUCCGUCGCUGCCUGUCCAAUUCGACGCGCCUUACUGGGUACUCGACACUGAUUACACCUCGUACGGGGUCGUGUGGAGCUGCGUGGACUUCAGUAUUUUCAGCACGAGAAAUGCCUGGAUUCUGACGCGUGAGCGAAACCCGCCUGUCUCAGUUUUGGAAAAGGCUUACAAGGUUUUGGACAAGAAUGGAAUCAGCAGAGCUUUCUUGGUGCGAACCGAUCAGAAGAACUGCCACGACGACAGCGCCAAUCCGGAAUCCAACCAAGUCUCAUAAGCAAGACUUGUUCCAGCAAUUGUUUCUAUUUGAAAAAAUGACGAAAGUUCCAAAUAGUUGUUAAAAUUUAUUUAUUGUAAAUAGAUGGUAAGUAAGGUAUUCGAGAUGGAUAAGAAUAAUUGUGAUCUUUAGACGUGUAGAAAAAAUAUGAGGCAGUUUGUUUAAAAAUUUGCAGAUCCAAAUUUAUCGUGUAAUUUUACAUUAUUUAUUAUUAAUUACCUAUGCUACGAAUAAAUGUGAUAUGAAAUUA